AUGGCGCACACGUGAGAACAAGCCGAAGUUAUAAUUAACGAGCAGCUUGCUUAUAUAGUAUCUCGAAUACCUUUUCGUCAUUUUUGCGCUUUCAGUCUUCCCCCUCCCCCUUUCCCCCCUCGCCGGCCGUUUCCGCCCUUUCUUCUCGUGUUUCUUUUCUUUUUCUCUCUUUUUUUUUUGUUCCCCGAGAGAAACGAACCAACGAAUGCACCGACGAACUCUUCGUCCGCUAAGGUCGAAGGAAAGAAAAAAAAGAGAAGAAAAAAGAAAAAAUUAAUACAAGGUUUGCAUCGCCCCAUCGCAGCCCUUUCUCCUCCAUCACAGAGCAUUCAAGCUUCCGACGCUGUUGCUCUUAAAACGAUCAUUACUUAAAAGAAAAGUACAAGAAAAAGCCACUUUGUAGCCAUUUAACAACGUUAAUAACUGUGUUCGCAGGUGAACGGCCAACCAGAUUUUAUUUGGCGAAGGAAGAACCGGAUCUAACGAUGGACUCCAGCACCGGUAUGAUCCGUGUUCGCCUUCCGUUGGAUCGUGAAACGCGGGACAAGUAUAUCCUAAGCGUGGAGGCGCGCAAUGGAAUUUCCGUGGGCUACUGUCAGGUAACUGUCGUGUCGUCGGUCGGUGAAAGAUCGCGGGAGACAUCGCGAUUACCGACCAGCCUAGGAUCUGAGCGAUCUGAUCGCGACGUGGAACUGAACGUGGAGGACGUGAACGACAACACGCCGACCUUCCCGACCAGCAGCGUGCGCAUUUCCGUGCCGGAGUCGCAUCCCCUGCAUUCGGCGCUGUACGUGGCACACGCGACCGAUCCGGACGUCGUCCCUUCCCACCCGAUACGCUACGUCCUUGGUCAGAACAGCAACGACCUGUUCGGAAUAGACAGCCGGUCGGGAGAGCUCUAUUUAGCCAGGAGAUUGGAUUACGAGACUCAGCAGAGGCACGGUCUUCUGAUAAGAGCGUUGGACGGUGCCGGCCUCUCCGCGAACCUCAGCCUGAGCGUCGAGGUGCAGGACGUGAAUGACAACCCCCCAGUGUUCGAGAGGAACGAGUAUCACGUGGAGGUUCCCGAAGGCGCCAAGCUCGAUUCUCAAACAGACGUGUUUUCACAGAUUCUUCAAGUGACCGCGGUGGACCUCGACACGGGGAAUAACGCGCGGCUGAGUUACCGCCUUCAAGGAUCGACAGCCUUCCGGAUCAGUCCCAACACCGGCUGGAUUUAUCUCGCGCAGAUCCUCGAUCGCGAGACCCUGGAUCGGCACGCGCUGACGGUCCUGGCGACCGACAACGGUUCCCCGGCCGCGACCGCGAGCGCUUCCGUGCUAGUCACGGUGCUCGACGACAACGACAACGAUCCCCGUUUCGAGAAGGAGUUUUAUGGAUUCGAGCUGCUGGAGAACCUGCCCUCGGGCACGCUGGUCGGCUCCGUGAGCGCCUCCGAUCCCGAUCUCGGCAAGAACGCCCUGCUCAGGUACGCGGUGGUCCAGGCAAACAGCAGUUUCACCGUCGACCCCGACACAGGCGAGAUUGCCACGAGAGAGCCACUCGAUCGGGAAAUUAAGAUCGUGCACGAGCUGGUUCUCGAAGCUCGAGAUCAAGGAACCCCGUCGAGAGCGGCCAGGGUACCCCUGAAGGUUACAGUGUUGGACGUGAAUGACAAUUCGCCAGAAAUCGUGGACCCACAGGGAGAUGUGGUCAGUGUCAGGGAGGAACAACCGCCGGGGACGGAAGUGGCGCGUGUCAGAGCUUUGGACACCGAUCUUGGUGAAAACGCGUCUGUGACCUACACGAUUCUGAAAGACCGAGACUCGGAUGGUUACAACGUUUUCACCAUUGACCCAAUCACCGGCAUGAUCAGAACGAAGGCGGUUCUCGAUCACGAGGAGCGGAAUGUAUACCGGGUGUCCGUAAAGGCGACGGACGCUGGCCGACCACCGCGGCACAGCGUGCGCGCGUUGAGAGUCGAGGUUCUAGCGCUGGCGGAUAACCGGCCGACCUUCACCAGCAGCAGCCUUACCUUUAACGUGCGCGAAGACGCCAGCAUCGGGCAAGCUGUGGGAUCGGUGUCGGGUGCGGGACCAGCGGGUCGCGUGGCCUUCACCUUGGAUUCGCUGACACCCGUCAGUGAGUUUCCAGCAUUCGACGUCGAUCGUAGCUCCGGCCAAUUGGUGGUCGCUCAUUCCCUCGACCGCGAGAAUGUCAGCGAGUAUCACUUGGAGAUACGCGCGUUGGACACCACGUCGAUCGGCAACCCCCAGAGCAUCGCUGUCUCGGUGAAGAUCGUGAUCGAGGACGCCAACGACAAUGCACCCCGAUGGCCGCAGGAUCCGAUAACCGUUCGCGUGUCGGAGAGGGCGGUAAUCGGCUCCACCAUAUACAACUUGACGGCCGUCGAUUUGGACAGCGGUUUGAACGGCGAUCUUCGAUACGGUUUGGUGGCCGAGUUUCCAUCGAGAGGCAGUUUCGCGGUCGACUCGUUGACCGGCGCUCUCACGUUGGCCAGGCCUCUCGACAGGGAGGAAAGAGCCGAAUACACGCUGAUCCUCAAGGCGUCGGACCGCGCUCCUCCCGGUGAGCAAUUAGCUUCGACCGUGACCGCGAGAAUCGUCGUGCUCGACCAGAACGACAACGACCCGGUUUUCGUCGCGCCGGAAUCGACCAAAGUCGCGAUCACGCCGGACCUAUUGCCAGGGGCGACGCUCGUGAGAGUGGUCGCCGUGGAUAAAGACGCAGGUGACAAUGGCCGUGUAUCGUACGUGAUUACAUCGGCGAACGAGGAGGCGAGAUUCUCGGUGGGUUACGAGUCCGGUAUAGUGAGCCUGGAGAGGCCUAUGGUGAGGUCGACCGAGCUCGAGAUUACGGCCAACGAUCACGGUUCCCCACCGCGCAAGUCCACUCUCAGGCUGAUUUUGACGCUGGCUUCUGGACAGACGAACGGACCUCCUCGGCUACUGCUGGCCAAUCCUGUUGCUAGAAUUUCAGAAGAUCUGCAGGUCGGCGCGCCAAUUCUAAACGUCGCUGGUCCUAUCAUCGCUGAUCAGGGUAACGUCAGCUUCAGUAUUCCGAGCAAUCUGGCCGCGGACAAAUUCUCCGUCACGCCGAGCGGUCUGGUGACGCUGCGCGGUCCUCUGAACCGCGAACUGGUCUCCCGCUACUCCGUUCCAAUUCUGGCGAGGUCCAGCAAGCUGUUGGACAUCAGCACGCUCGAGGUUCUAGUCAUGGAUGAAAACGACAACAGCCCUGAAUUUCGACCGGGCUCGUGUUACACGCUCGCCGUACCGGAGAACCAAGGGAGUUCCGUCAUUCACACGAUCGCCGCGGCUGAUCUCGACGAGGGAAAAAACGGAGAAAUUUAUUACAGUGUCGUAGGUGGUAACAUCGGCGCAAAGUUCACCUUGGAUCCUGUGACCGGAAUGCUGUCGAUGUCGAAUCUGGACCGAGAAGCGGUGUCCAAGUACGUGCUGAUGAUUUCAGCCAAGGACAAAGGUCGGCCUAGUUUGGAGGCGCGAUGUAACUUGACCGUGAUCGUGUUGGACGUGAACGACAACGCUCCGUCGUUCGUACAAAACCAGUACACCGAGUCGAGGCCUCGAGGGUCCGUCGCUGGCGCCGAGUAUCCUGGAUUCGCUUUGUCCAACGGCUUCUCGUACAGCUCCUCCAAUUAUCCGACAAACUAUCACCCUAGCAAAUACGUGGCGACCAUUUCCGAGGACGUGGCACCAGAUUCUAGCGUAAUGUCUGUGAGAGCGACGGAUCCAGACCAAGGAGUGAAUGGAAAAAUCACGUAUGCCAUCGGCGAAGAAACGAGCUGGCUGUUCAGAGUUGACAACCUGACAGGCGUUAUUACAACGGCCGGGUGAGUACUCAAUUUUUUUUAACUCGCUCUAUAUUCAGAACUUUGUUUACCUUACAAAGAUAGGUAAAGAUCAUCAAGAUUAUUUGCACUUGUAUUUAUUUAAUUAAAUAAGAUUAACAGUCGGGGAAUUGACGAUAACGAGCCAUUCGCCGAAUCGAUUAACUUUACAAAACGAAAAAUAGAGAGAUGA